AUGGCCCCUUCUGCUGUUGCUGUUGAGGAGGUCGGCCAAGCCCCGAUUGUUGUGAAGGCUCUUGACGAUGCUUCCGCCUCGUCGGCCACGGAAGCGGCCACCUGGAUGCAGAAGCCGCUGGGCCCAGAGGUGACGGCACUCAUGGGCCACUGGGACGAUGGGUUUGGCUUUGCGCCGAUCCGUGAGAGCCAGGUGUCACGGGCCAUGACGCGGCGCUACUUCCAGGACCUGGACAGCUAUGCUGAGUCGGACAUUGUCAUCAUCGGGGCCGGUUCGUGCGGGCUCAGCGCCGCGUACACGCUGGCCAAGCUGCGGCCAGAUCUGCGCAUCGCCAUCCUGGAGGCGGGUGUGGCGCCAGGCGGCGGAGCCUGGCUGGGCGGUCAGCUGUUCUCGGCCAUGGUGAUGCGCAAGCCGGCUGACGUCUUUCUGCGCGAGGUCGGCGUGGCCUACGAGGAUGAGGGCGACUUUGUUGUCGUGCGCCACGCGGCCAUCUUCACGUCCACGGUCCUGUCCAAGGUGCUGCAAUUUCCCAAUGUGAAGCUGUUCAACGCGACGGCCGUCGAAGAUCUGAUUACGCGCAAGACCGACGGAGAUGACAAGCAUGCAGUCCGCAUCGCCGGCGUCGUUACCAACUGGACGCUCGUGUCGCUGCACCACGACGACCAGUCGUGCAUGGACCCCAACACGAUCAACGCACCCGUGGUCAUCUCGACCACCGGCCACGAUGGCCCCAUGGGCGCUUUCUCCGUCAAGCGACUCGUCAGCAUGCAGGCCCUGGACCGUCUUGGCGGCAUGCGUGGCCUCGACAUGCAGAUGGCCGAGGACGCCAUCGUGCGUAACACCCGCGAGGUCGUCCCCGGCCUUAUCGUCGGCGGCAUGGAGCUGUCCGAGGUCGACGGGGCCAACCGCAUGGGCCCAACAUUUGGCGCCAUGGCCCUCAGCGGCGUGAAGGCCGCCGAGGAGGCCCUCAAGGUCUUUGAUCUGCGCAAGAAGCAGAAUGCCACCUAUUAA